UUCAAACAUACACAUAACCCAAUUCAUGAUUGGAAAUAAAUUAAUUUUUAGUUUUUUGUGAAUGUAUAAAUUGUUAAUCGUAUAAUAUUAAUUAUCCAUACAUAAAAACUAAUAAAGCGAUGCAGUGGAUAUUAAGUAUCCUAGUGUUAUUCAUGUUAAACACGAUAAAUAUAUUUGCAUAUAAUUGUUUUUCAUAUGGGAAAAAUUACAGAUGUAGAUUGGGAACAAAAACACCAUACAGAUUUAUAUCAAACCGUGAUGAUUCUCCUUUUGAAUAUUCAGGUUGCAGUCCAACAAAGAUAUGGUUGAUUCUAAGACAUGGUACAAGAUAUCCAGGUACAAAAUAUGUACCCACUAUGAUCGAGAAGCUGCCAAAGUUACAAGAAAUUAUCUUAGACAAUUAUCAAAAGAAUAAAACAGAUAUUACAAGCGAAGAUGCAGCCUCAUUUGCAGAAUGGAAAAUUACUUUUACAGAAGAUGAUAUCAUGAAAUUGACAGAAGAAGGUGAAAAUGAAAUGAUUGAUCUUGGAGAAAGAUACCAAGCUAGAUUUCCAACGCUUAUGACAGAAAUUUAUGAUAAUCAAACUUACAGGUUCAAAUACACUGCUACACAUCGUACUGAAGUAAGUGCAAAAAAUUUUGCCACUGGAUUAUUUGGCAGAUAUGGUAGUCACAAAGUCUGGUAUCCAGAAGCAGAACACAAGGACCCUAUAUUAAGAUUCUAUAAACGUUGUCAACGUUGGCGAAUGGAAGUAGAUAAAAAUCCAAGUGCUCAAAUAGAAAAGGAGAAAUUUAUAAACAGUGAAAUUUAUAGAAAGAUGUUGCAAAAUGUCUCAAAACGUAUUGGUUACCAAGUUGAUCAAGAAAUCGCACACUUGAUGUACACGAUAUGUGGAUUUGAGACUGCAUGGCAUGACAAUACAGAAUCACCGUGGUGUCAUUUAUUUUCCGUAGAUGAUUUCAAAGUACUCGAGUUUGCGGAGGAUUUAAAAUACUAUUGGAUUGAUGGAUAUGGCCAUAAAUUGUCUUAUGAACAAGCAUGUCCUGCUUUAAGAGACAUGUUUGAUUUUCUUGUGUCAACUGAGGGGCCAGUGGUAACGGCAUACUUUACUCAUUCUGGCACCAUUCUAAAAUUAUUAGCUUUAUUAGGAGUUGCUAAAGAUGAUCAGCAUUUAACACACGACUUAUUUUCAUUGUAUGCAGAAGGUAGAGCUUGGAGAACUGGUGUUAUAGACACCUUCGCUUCCAAUAUCGCGUUUGUUUUAUACAAUUGUUCAGGAAUUCCCAGUGUUCUUGUCUUGCAUCAAGAAAGACCACUGUAUUUACCAGGUUGUCCUUUACAUCUGCCGUGUCCUUUAUCUAUUAUGAAAGCACUUUAUCCGGAUCACAGGGAAGAGUGUCAAUUUGAUGCAAUGUGUUCCAUACAAGAAUUAUAGAAAUACGUAAAUUUAUAAGUAGUUCAUGACAAGACUUUAUAAACAUCUUUUAUAUUUUAUCAGAUUAAA